UUUCGUCUCUAUGUGUGCAUUAGAUGUUUGAAAUCAUGAAGAGUCAUUCUGCUAACCUGAUCCGCAGCAUGAAGAAAAAGGCAGACAAAGGAGAAGCAUUAGAACUGAAGGAAUUCUUUGGAUCGUACAGCAUGGACGUCGUAACCAGCACGGCCUUCAGUGUAGACAUUGAUUCACUGAACAACCCUUCAGACCCAUUUGUGACAAAUAUCAAGAAGAUGCUGAAGUUUGACUUUUUAAACCCCCUCUUCCUUGCUGUCGCUUUCUUCCCCUUCCUCGGCCCCAUACUUGAAAAGUUUGAAUUUUCUUUUUUCCCCAAAUCUGUCACCGACUUCUUUUAUUCUUCUCUGGAAAAGAUUAAGUCCAACCGUGAGACCAGCCAGCAGAAGAGUCGAGUAGAUUUUCUCCAACUAAUGAUUGAUUCCCAAAAGAACAAUGGGUUGCAAAAGGACAAAAGAUUAAGUGACCAUGAGAUCCUUUCCCAAUCCAUGAUUUUCAUUUUUGCUGGUUAUGAAACAAGCAGCAGUUCUCUCACUUUCUUGGCUUACAACCUGGCUACGAACCCAGAGAUCAUGAGAAAGCUCCAGGAGGAGAUCGAUUCCACCUUCCCCAACAAGGUACAGUAUGCCAAAAUAUAGAAUAUGUAAAGCAUU